AUGAGAAGGAUUGUCUUCAGUGGCGCUUUUAUCUUAUUCUGCCUCUUAGGUGGUGUUGGAGGUGUGAUUUGUAGAUCAUGCAACCUCUCAAUCCCCUUCCAUGGAUGUCUUUUGGACUUUGGAACCUGCAGAACAAAACCUGGACAGUAUUGUAUAAAAGAGGUCCAUAUUAAAGGUGGAAUUCAAUGGUAUUCAGUUCAAGGCUGCACAGAGAGCCAAGACGAGUGCUUCAAGAGAAUCGUGACAACUUAUGAAAUUCACUCUACUCACUGCUGCCAUCGUCCUUUGUGCAAUUUCUGA